CUUCACCUCCGACUGGGACGUUUACCACAGCCAGAACUGAAGUCCCCACUCCCACAUAUACGUCUCCCCCUGCCACCUUGAUCACAGCGUCUCUUAGCACUCCCUCAACCACAGAAGUUGUUAAGACUGGGACCUCAAACAUGGUAACACCACCCACCUCCGUAACAGCUCUCAGUACUUCAGGUGUUUCUCCCUCUUCAGCUUUCCCCAUAUUGAGUACCUCUACUAAUGCGAUAAGUACCCCUUUUGGCACCAUCAUCUCCUCUUCAAUACCUGCAAUAAUGUCAUCUUCCAUUAGCCCAAGUUCAGAGGUCCCUACAAGAAGUAGUUUUUUUUCUACUUCCUCUAGUAUGUCCAGUGUAGAAAACACAGGCCCUUCCUCUGUCACUGCUUUUCCCACCAUUUCGUCAACUGAAACGACAAGAACUUCCCCCACCAUGACUUCCCUGACAACAUCUCCCACCCGAACGACCACCAUGCUGACUCUGUCUUCCACCACCCCAUGUCCAGAAUCCAUAUCAGUUACAAUAGUGUCUGCUUCUCCCACCACACCAUGUAUCGAAGUGGGUCCAAAUGCUGAAGUUACCUCUAUGCCCACUGUCCCAUUAUCAGUUUUUACCGCUACUACUGAGAUGGUCACCUCUCCCAAUUCCACAAGCAUGACAACUCUGUUCCCUGAUAAACUGGGCCCUUCUCCUCCCAUGCUGGUCACUAACCCCUCCAACAAGACUGCUGCUCCUAGUUCUAUCAGCAUUGGAAAAAUUCCCAUCAACAUGGUUUUCCUGAGCACACGAAGGCCUAAGAGUGGGACCUGGAUCAACUCCAACUUCAUAAAUACUCGGCCUGUGCCUGGCUCCACUACCAUCCCACACAAGGUGAAACGUAGAAGGAGAUCUUCAUCUUCCAUGGUGACUACACGCAAGUUGACACCUCAAAGCCUACCCAUCACCAGAGUUCCACGGAUACCAGUGGACACCAAGACUCUCUCUACCCAUACAUCUCACAGGACAACGCUGACCACGACUCAGAUGACCACACAGUCUCGGUUUAUCAGCAGCCCAGGCACUUGUGACAAUGGUGGCACCUGGACGCAGGGCCACUGCUCCUGUCCCCGAACUUUCUAUGGCUCCCGCUGCGAGUUGGCUGCCAGAGAGAUAUAUCUGGAUACAGUGGACGCUGAAGUGGGCAUGGAGGUGUCUGUCAACCAGGAGUUCUCCCCGGACCUCAAUGACAACAGUUCUAAGGUCUACAGGGAUUUCACGAACACCUUCCGGGAUCAGAUAAAGAAGAUUUACCAAAACGUGCAGGGAUUCAAGGAGGUGCAGAUCCUUUCUCUGAGGAAUGGCAGCAUCGUGGUGGAAUAUCUAGUCCUGCUGGAGUUACCCUUCAGCACCCAGCUGGAGGAGGAGUAUGAGAAGGUGAAGGUGGCCUUGAAGGAGGAGCUCCAGAAUGUCAGCCAGGACGGGGACAACUGCCAGAAUGACCAGGUCCUGUGUUUUAAGCCUGACUCCAUCAAGGUGAACAACGCCACCAGGACGGAGCUGUCACCGGAAGCCAUCUGUCGCCGCGCUGCUGCCAAAGGUUACGAGGAUUUCUACUUCCCUUUCCUGGAGGAGAACCAGCUCCGCUGUGUCACCAAAUGCACGGCGAGCUUGGAUGGCGCCAUUGACUGCCAUCAGGGCCAAUGCAUUCUGCAGAAGAGUGGUCCUUCUUGCCGCUGCUUCUCCACGGACACUCACUGGUUCUCGGGCCCGCGCUGCGAGGUGGCUAUCUCCUGGAAGGCGCUGGUUGGGGGCCUGGCGGUAGCCGGGGCCCUGCUUCUGCUGUUGCUGGUGGUGGCGCUAAGCAUGUUCGUCGUGCGCUCCCGGAGGAGGGACAGGCAAGGCCGAGGCAGGUCCAGGGACGACAGGAAGUGGUUCGAGACUUGGGAUGAGAGUGCAAAACCGGCUUUUUCUAACUUUGCCUUCCAGGAUGACAGAAGAGGUGCAUAUUUGCAGACCUGAGGUGGCCUCGUCCUCACUGUGAGCCCACACUGCCCUCUCCACCUGCCCGGACAGCGGAGAGAACCAUCUGCACUGCAUUUGGAGAGAUGGCCAUGGGCUCAUGCGGCGCAGUCUCCUGGUUUCCUAGGGCAUAACAGACCUCCAUCUACCCUCAUCCCCCAGCUUGGGUAAAAUCUACCUGGAGACCCAGUUCAAAUCCACACUCUUCCACUGUAGGACCUUGGGCAAAUCAAUAACUUCUCCAAACUUCGGUUUUGUCACCUGUAACAUUCAAGUGGCCCACUCCUCCUGACGCCUCCUGUGGGUUUCAGUGAAGCCAGGUGUCCUGGGUCCGACCUCUGUCCAAUGCACCUUCCUGUUGGCCUUCAUCUCAUAUGGCUUCACUCACAUCCCAGUCCCCAUGUCCUUCCCCGAGGCUCUCGCCUCUGUCUCUCCUUUUCCUGUGUGCACCCCUACUGCCAGCCAGGUCCUCCCCCGGUACCUGUAAGCAGCCUGCAGCCUGUCCCAGCCUCUUACCCUGUCCUCCUGUAACUCCCUGCUGCGCCCCUCCACCACUUCUUAACCCUCUCCCCUCUGAACCCACUUCUUCUUAAGUCCCUCCUCCCCCACACUCCUGCCCUGUGUCUCCCUGUUCCUAUACUUUCCCCUUCCUCCUCUUUCUACCCUCAACCCUAAAUCCCCCCUGCCCCCCACAUCUCCGUGCCCCACUCCUAAAUCCUCGCUCCUCCCCACCUCCCCUCCCUAGGUAGGUACAGAUGCCCUCUGCAUCUUAGGACCCCCAACUGGUGUUCCCUAGGCCAGGUCCCCCAUUCUGAGUCCCCAUCCUUCCUGUCACCCCUAAGGGCCCUGGAUCCCGGUGGGUGGAGGGUGGCAGGCAGGUUCCCAGGUCCCUGAAGAUGAGGGGAAGAGGGGCCCUGAGGUGGGAAAGCUCCCUCAGCCCCUCCUCCCUGUUCCCCUAACUCUCCCUCCUCUCCCUUAGUGCUCCCCACUUUCUACCCCUCCCCCACCUCCCCUCCCCCUUCCUCUCGCUGGUUCACCCCCAUCUCUGCUAUAACCUGUGAAGCCAGAAGCCUAGCCUCCUUUGCAGGAAGACCUCACUUGGGGACAGGGAGUCUACAAAUCUCCUGUUCACCCAAUUGAU